ACUGCCCCCAUGAGGCAAGCGAGAGAGUUGCAGUCACAGGUUGAAGUAAGCUACAUUUCUUUAAAAUAUAUACUAAUGUUCAGUUUUUUUGUAGGAACAUUACACAUUUGUUAAAUAAGCUAACUAAUCCCACUAAUGCAAUAAACCCGAUAGUAAUUGUUUAUCUUUUCUGAGUAACUAAAUACCCGGCGGAAGUAAAGUGGCGUCAUUUCCUGCAGGUUCUCUGGAUGCACUGAGUUAUAUUUCCAACCGUUCCUUGUGAAGGGGAAGGAAAUAUGUCAGGUGCUGGGGGAGGGAAACGUCCCUCAGGAGGGGACAGCCCCCCUGGCCCACCUGAGAAGAAAAGCAAAAAAGAGGAGAAAACCACCACCACCCUUAUCGAGCCCAUACGCAUAGCUGGAGUCUCGUCUACGGAGGAAAUGGACAUGAAGGUCCUCCAGUUCAAGAAUAAAAAGCUGUGUGAGCGCUUGGAGCAGAGGCAGACGAUGGAGGAUGAGUUACGAGAGAAAAUUGAGAAGCUGGAGAAGAGACAAGCCACUGAUGACACCACCCUGCUGAUUGUCAACCGCUACUGGUCGCAGUUGGACGAGAAUGUACACGUUCUACGCAAACGCAUUGAGCCAGACGCUCCUGUGACAUCUACGUCAGCCCCACCCGCGCCCCCUCUUCCUGAACCCACACCACUGGAGGAAGAUGGUGUCAAUCUGGCCUCACCAACUUCUGCUGUGCCUCCACCUCCACUCCCAGAGGGCCAGAAUGAGGGCGAGCAGGCAGAGCAGCGGGAGGAGCAUCAGGAAGAGCGUCAGGGAGAGCAGAAGCAGCCCCCUCCUCCUACUGGGUCAGAAGAGUUGUUGACACCCACAGAGCCACCACAGGAGUCAACAACAGAUGCAUCACUACCCCCUGCUCCCCUGAGUGACAAUGCCAAAGGCUUCCUGUCUACGUUAGAGCACAGCAGCGAGGAGGAGCUCACCCUGCACUUACAAGACCGCAUGCAAUUCAGCAAGGAAGCCAUUGUCUGCCUGGUGUGUGUCUUUGACCGGCUGCACAGCCUCAGUGACAACAUGUGCAAGCAAGUCCAGGCUGCAGCAUGUGAGGACGAAAGCCAGUCUGACAACAUCAAUGUGAACAACACUCUGCUGGAGGAGAACACUCGACUGCGAGACCUGGCUACUCUGCUGCAGGGCCGACACCACAAGAUGUCCAUGGAGUACAAUGAGUUGGUGGACAAGGUGACCAGCUCCGAGACCAAAGUGUCAGAGAUGGAAACAACAGUGGAGGACUUGCAGUGGGACAUUGAGAAACUCCGCAACAGAGAACAAAAGCUCAACAAACAUCUGUCAGAAGCCAUGGAGCAGCUCAAGUCUGGAUACAGCAGCAGCGGCAGCUCAGGAGGACUUCCUGGAGGCCAGAUUACACUGAACAUUCAGAAGUUUGAGAGUCUCAAUGCAGAGCUAGAGCACAACCAGGAAUUGGCUAAUAGCCGCAUGGCAGAGUUGGAGAAACUGCAGGUGGAGCUCCAGGAGGCUGUGAGGGAGAGUGAGAAGCUCAAGAUGGACUUGCGGAAUAUUCCAGAAGAUGUUGUGAAGGAGACUCUAGAGUAUAAGUGUCUACAGUCUCAAUUCUCGCUGCUGUACAAUGAGUCCCUUGGGGUGAAAACCCAGCUGGAUGAGGCGCGGGCCCUCCUCCUCACUGCCAAGAACGCCCACCUCCGACAGAUUGAGCACAUGGAGAGUGAUGAGCUGUCCCUUCAGAAGAAGCUGCGGACUGAGGUAAUCCAGCUGGAAGAUACCCUGGCCCAGGUGCGCAAAGAGUAUGAGAUGCUGCGCAUCGAGUUUGAGCAGAACCUGGCAGCCAACGAGCAAGCAGGACCAAUCAACAGAGAGAUGCGACACUUAAUCAGCAGCCUUCAGAACCACAACUUGCAGUUGAAAGGUGACGUGCAGCGCUACAAAAGGAAGUUGCGGGAAACACAGAUGGAGAUCAAUAAGUUGCGUUGUCAAAGUGGCGACACAGGGGUUCAGAUUGGAGAGGAGACGACGAGUGAGAGCAUCGACGUGAAGAAAGAGGAGAAUGAGGACCAAGAGGAGGAGGAGGAGAGAAGGAAGGAACUGGAGAGACAGCGGGCUCGGGAGAGAGAGAGGGAGACCGACCGAGAACGAGAACGGGAGCGCGAGAGAGAGAGGCAGCGCAGCGACGAGCUGAAGAGGAAGGACUCGGACACGCUGAAGAUGCUCAGAGUAGAACUCAAGAAAGCCCAGGAGUCCCAGAAAGAGAUGAAGCUCUUGCUCGACAUGUAUAAGUCAGCUCCAAAGGAGCAGCGGGACAAAGUGCAGCUCAUGGCAGCUGAACGCAAAUCUAAAGCGGAGGUGGAUGAGUUGAGGAUGCGAGUGCGCGAGCUGGAGGAGAGGGAGAGGAAAGAAAGCAAGAAGCUGGCUGAUGAAGAUGCCCUGAGGAAGAUUCGAGUGGCAGAAGAGACAAUUGAGCAUCUGCAGAAGAAACUCGCUGCCACAAAGCAGGAGGAAGCCCUGCUUAGUGAGAUGGAUGUAACAGGCCAGGCCUUCGAGGACAUGCAGGAGCAGAACAGCCGCUUGUUGCAGCAGUUGCGGGAGAAGGAUGACGCCAACUUCAAGCUGAUGAGUGAGCGAAUCAAAUCGAACCAGAUCUACAAGCUGCUGAAAGAGGAGAAGGAGGAGUUGGCGGACCAAGUUCUCACAUUCAAAACCCAGGUGGAUGCCCAGCUGUUGGUUGUGCAGAAGCUAGAGGAAAAAGAGGGCAUCCUCCAGAGCACACUUGCAGCUCUGGAAAAAGAGCUGGCGGUUCGGACACAAGCACUAGAACUCAACAAGAGGAAGGCGGUGGAGGCUGCCCAGCUGGCAGAGGACCUGAAGGUGCAGCUGGAGCACACACAGGCCAAGCUUAAGGAGAUCCAGGUCUCUGUGGCUGAGAAUCGUACCGCCCGGGAGAGGGAGAGCAGCAACCUAAAACGAGCACAGGAAGAUCUGUCGAGGCUGAGACGGAAGCUGGAGAAACAGAAGAAGGUGGAGGUGUACUCUGAUGCUGACGAGAUCCUACAGGAGGAGAUCAACCAGUACAAGGCCAAGCUGCGCUGCCCCUGCUGCAACACGCGGGACAAGGAGACGGUGCUCACCAAGUGUUUCCACGUAUUCUGCUACGAAUGUCUGAAGAUGCGUUACGACACCAGACAGAGGAAGUGCCCCAAGUGCAACUGUGCCUUCGGCGCCAACGACUUUCACCGCAUCUACAUCACCUAAUUCCCAGAGCGGCGGAGGAGUGAAGAAAGACAACAGUACACCGAACCAAAGGAGAGAAACUAAUAGAGAAAAGACAAAGGAACUGAAGAUUUAUUCAGAGAGGCAGACAGUUUGGGGAAAGCAGAUGAGAUGUGGUUCCCUGUUUUAAUCUCUCUUUGGAAAGACUUGUUUUACCGCAUCAUUGCCAUUUGGUGACCAAACGGAUAGUGACACAUCUGAAUGAGUGUUGUGCUGUAGUUAAUAAACACAGUUGUUUGUGCACACA